AUGACAAGUGUUGAUUACUUUGGCAUUCAUUCUGUCAUCAAUAAAGAAGAUUUUCAAAAUAAUGUACUUGUAGAGGAUUGUCCAAAUGUAGGCAGAUCACUUGUUGCAAAGCGUCCUCUUGCACCUGGAGAUAUUGUACUUGUUGAAGAGCCUUUAAUUCAGUAUGAUCUUAAGCCUACUUGUCGAUCAAGUAAAUCGCCCUAUUACUCUAAAAGACUUUGGAAGUUAAUUACCACAAUAGUCCAAGAUAUAGAAAAGAGAGAGGAAGAUGAAACUAGCAAGUGCACCGAGGAUAUAAAGAAAAAAGUAGAACAAGGAUAUGAAUCAUAUGAUGAGGAUGACAAUGAUAGCGAGGAUGAGGAUGAAGAUGAGGAUGCGCCCAGUAAUGAUUCUGAUUUUUGUCCUGGUGUACCAGCAGCUAUUAUUGCUUACUUGAAUAUUCAUCCACCUAAAUCAUAUAAUAAUGUACAAAGACGUCAAACUUAUAAACAAAAAGACUUUGAUUUCUUUUAUUAUCCUAAUACAGACACUGAGCCUCAUUGGUUAGAUCACAAAACUAUAAGAAUUAUUCACACUGUAACUCAAAAGGUAGUAGACACAAUUCCUUUAUAUUCGCAUGUCGAUCCUUUUGAUCUUCGUAGUUUUGUCCUCAAAAUAUACUCAAAUGCACAUACAGUUUUGCUCCCUCGUAAUCGAACAUUACCAACGCAUUCUGCCAAAAGGGCACGUCGUGCGAUGUAUAAACAUAAAUUUGGAGAAGAUAAUUAUUUGAACUGCUAUUGGGGUAAUGAAGAAGCAGAAGCUGGAGAUAUAAAUACACCUACUAUCGCUCUUUUACGUUGGGGAUCUAAAUUUGCUCAUUCUUGUUCACCUAAUCUGUUUUUACGUUUUGAACCUGCUCGUAAUGCAAUGAUCUUUACCGUAAUCCGUCCUUUGAAAGAAGGUGAUAUCUUGUCCUUUUCUUAUUUGCCCGAGGAUGAGUCAACUUUAGGCGGUUUAAUUUGUGGAACGACCAUGGAUCGUCAAGCGAAACUGGAGAAGUUUAAAUUCUUUAAAUGCACUUGUGAGCGUUGUGUUGAUUGGGAUUGGUCAAGAGGAGUUGCAUGUAAAAAUUGUAAUCAACCUGUUAAUUAUCGUAAUCAGCAUGGGAUAUGGACCUGUUUCGCAUGUCAAGCUCAAGUAAAGGAUGAUGAAGCUAGUUUUAUAGGUGAACGAGAGAAUAAUGUACAAGUGAUGGUUAUGAAUUUUAUAUCUCGUAUCAAUGGUAACCGCUCUAUGAAUGAAGGUAUGAUGCGUAUGUUGGAGCCUUAUCUUUUGGAUUUACUUGACCCUUCACCCGAAAAGAAUAAAGUCCCUGUACCCAAGAAUCAUUGGGUUCAUGGUAUAAUACAUUCAUUAUUAUCAUUUUAUCAUCUAGUCUUGUUUCCUCAAUCAUUUGGUAAGGGCCUUGCAUCUCAAUUAGGCUUAACUAUGAAAGGUUUAGAAGAAGCUUUGAUUUAUAUUGAAUUUUUAAAUCUUUCUAUUCGUACACGUCCAAAUCCUAAAAAUUCUCUUCCUAAUGGGAACCCUAUGGCUGCAUUCUUUGCUGGCUGGCGUAUUCUUUCUUUAGUAAUUGACUUGGUAAUGGAAAGCACUGAAAACAAAUAUGCAAAUAUUGUUUAUGAUAAAUAUGAUUCAGACUCUGAUGAAGAAUCUGUUCCCAACUCAAUAGAAAAGGACCAAUCCAUUACUAAAUCAGAAAAAGACUCUGAACCUGUAUUAAUUCCUUUAGCUGAAGAAUGGGUGGCACCUGUUACGAAAAUAUCGAAUAUCGUUAACAAUGAAUGGAUACCCCUAAUUGAGCAAAUAUUUCAAUCUCAACAAGCUCCUGUUGUAGAAGAUAUGCUACGACAGAUUAAAGCAUUUGCUGUUAGAGUUGAAAAAACAAAAUCAAUGGCAGUAGCUGCUUGA